AUGAGUGAAGGCCUUGCGUCUCAGGAACUUGAAUCAGUUAGCAAAACAGCCGACAGUAGAGCUAAUCAAGAAAAAGACGCUUAUGCUUACGAAGAGGCUCCAGCAUACCGCAAGUUUGUUUACGAUGUUUUUCUAUGGCUGCUGAGCAAUAUUUUCGACUGCUUUUUCCGAGAGAUUCGAAGCCGGGGACGGUACAAAAUUCCAACACAGGGUCCCGUAAUCUUCGUCGCAGCACCCCAUGCGAAUCAAUUCAUUGACCCUGUCAUCCUUAUGGGCCAAGUUAAAAAGGCCGUUAACAAGCGCAUAUCCUUUUUAGUAGCGGAAAAAUCUCUAACAAGAAAGGCUGUGGGGACUUUUGCGAGAUGUGCCAUGUCGAUCGGAGUCGGUAGAGCGCAAGAUAACCUAAGACCCGCUCCUGGCAAGAUUAGAGUGAGUGAGGAGAAUCCUCGCAAAAUUAUUGGUCAAGGAACAAAAUUUACCAAUGGUUUUACGCCACAAGGCUUAAUCGGCCUCCCUAAGUCUCUUGGAAAUGCAACUAUUGAGUCAAUCGAGAGUGACACGGUUCUGUAUCUUCGCAAAGAAUUUAAACAGAACAAACCCGAAGUUAGACAGCUAUUAGUGAAAGGAACCUCAUUCAAAUACGCACCCAAGGUAGACCAAAAAAAGGUUUAUGAGCGCGUUUUUGAGCAUCUGGCACACGAUCAGUGCGUUGGAAUCUUCCCAGAAGGUGGUUCUCAUGACAGAACAGAUCUUUUGCCUCUCAAAGCUGGCGUGGCCAUCAUGGCUCUAGGUUGCAUGAGCAAAAAUCCUGAUGUUAAUGUCAAAAUUGUCCCCUGUGGUAUGAAUUACUUCCAUCCGCACAAGUUUAGAUCUAGAGCGGUGGUUGAGUUUGGUAAUCCUAUUGAAAUAUCGCCUGAACUGGUGCAGAAGUACCAGCAGUCCGAGACGAACAGAGAUGCUGUAAGAGAGCUAUUGGACACCAUAUCCGAUGGCCUCAAAGCAGUGACGGUAACAUGUCCAGAUUACGAAACCUUGAUGGUUGUUCAAGCGGCUAGAAGACUAUACGCAGGCCAGCUAUCCGCCAAACUACCCUUAUCGCUAGUGAUCGAAAUGAAUAGACGGCUAGUCAAAGGUUAUCAAACAUACCGUGAAGAUCCUAGAAUCCAGGAGUUGAAAGAGUACGUUCUGAAAUACAAUGCCAACCUUCGCCACUUCAAUAUCCCUGAUCAUCAAGUCGAGUCAGCCAAGAUUAACUUUGCCAAAAACUUUGGGCUCCUCAUUUUUAGGUCACUCCGCUUGCUUUUCUCUUUGAUAUUGGCGCUACCUGGCAUUAUAAUGUUUUCUCCUAUCUUCAUCAUUGCAAAGAUCAUCUCCCAGAACAAAGCAAGGCAGGCACUUGCUGCGUCGACUGUUAAAAUCAAAGCCAACGACGUCAUUGCGACUUGGAAAAUUUUAAUUGGUAUGGGUCUUGCUCCUUUGCUUUAUUCAGUUUGGUCUGGUUUGCUGACAUAUUACUUCAGACACUCAAUUACAAGAAACAAGUUUGUGAGCUUUGCAGGGAUCUACGUUUUGUGCAGUAUUGUUACCUAUUCGGCUUUAAUUAUAGGAGACAACGGAAUGGACGUUUUUAAAUCACUGAGACCUUUGUAUCUUUCUGUCACCACUCCCGGUAUCCUUAAAGACCUCCAGAAAGAGAGGAGAGGUUUGGAGCAGAAGAUUACGGAGAUCAUCAAUACGCUAGGACCCGAGCUGUAUCCAGGCUUUGACGGAACGAGCCUAUCAGACAAAUACAGGUAUGGGUUGACCUCCUAUGAUGAAGAAGAGGAAGACAGGAAAACAAGCGAGUUGAAAAGAAGAAGGCUGCUCAGAAAGCGUAAAGAAAGCGGCAAACAGAAGGCCAGAAGAAGCCCCGAAAGCGAAGCUGAAAGUGAUGCGCUGUCAAUGUUAAAUAGCGACAACUCGCUGUCCAACAUCCCAAUCUUUUCCAACGUUGAUCGUAGAUCUGGAUCUGUAUCCUCUAUGACUUCCCUGAGCUCAGGCUUUGAAAUUGUUGAGGACAUGACGAAGCCUGACGAGCUCAGUGGGAAAAUUGCCCAUGCUGUGCGGGAGAAAAGAGAAUAG